UUCGUUUUCGGAUGGAAAGUGCGUGAAGCCAUCGUUAGCCACCAACGGAUCCGUUCCAUCCACAUCACCAUCCGGGCAAGUUCAUUAAGGAACAACCCUUCGAGACUUGAAGUACAAAACGAGGACAACGAGCCUAACACCAGGCCAAAUUUUGUUCAUUGACCGGACCUUUAAGUAGGAAGCGAUGUACAGCAUGAACGCGGCCAACAUUCUCGAACUGCAAACGUGGAUCGUUUACCAGCGCGUUGCCGUCGAGUGUGCGAACUGUUUGUGAGCACUCUUCCGGUCCAUUAGUUUGUUAUGAUUUAUUGCUGAACAUAUUAUCUAUCGAAAUAGCAAAUUCGUUUGAAAGCGGCGAGAUUAAGUUUUAGCUGCAAUCACCUCCUACCAUAAUGAUCGAUACAGUUAUGACCGACAAUGCCUUCAAAGCAAAGGACAUUGGCCUGCGGGCGCAGAAGAAGAUCCUAUCGCGGAUGGCAAACAAAAAUGUGGCAAAAGUGUUCAUCGACGGUACGACUGCCUCACUUCUGGACAACGUCUACCGGUUGGUGAAAGUUCACACUGGCAGCAAAAAGGAUGCCGAGCGGCUAGUGAAGAACAUAAUCAAAAUCGUGAUCAAGAUUGCGGUCCUCCACCGAAACGGGCAGCUAAAUGCGGACGAGCUGAAGCAAGCCGAACGGUUCCGCUCCAAGUUCCAGACGCUGCAGAUGGCCAUCUUGUCGUUCUACGAAGUCGACUACAGCUUCGAUCUGGGCUAUCUGCAGAAAUCUCUUGCCGAUUGUCGCAGUCUGCUGCGGGCCGUCGUGGUGCACCAUCUGACGGAUAAGUCGCUCGGUCGCAUCGACGAGGUGUUCGACACGUUCGCCGAUUCGUCCCUGCUCGAGACCGCGUUCCGGCAAGACUCACCGUACCGGGAGAUCAUGGACAAGAUCGUGGUCGAUCUCAAUAAGGCGAUGGAGAACGGAGACAUUUAAUGCGCGCCAGGUGUUUACACGCUCAGUCAUUAGUCAGGCACGGUCGGAGGGAAUCCUUUAGAAGUUCCCCGCGCUUCGUAGAUUUCGUCACAGCAAACAAAACACCCCCUUCAAAUGUCAGCGCACCAAUGCCCAACUCUGCCUUGGAAUGCCGCAUCGAUUGGACCGUUGCUCUAGUGUUAGUCGGAAGACAGUUAUUUAAAAAAAAACAGUCGAUCCAAAUCGAAAAUCGAGUCAGCGAGCAGCGAGGGACGGUUCGAGUGCUUCACCGUUAAGUGCAUCGAUCGAUCGUGCUUAAGUUAAGUUAUUUAGUAGCAAGACGAAAGGGACUGCAUUAUUGGGUAAGAACAGUAUGUUAGAACACAGAAUCUAGGCGGAUCAUCAGUGCUGUCCUAGGUGUUUGUCCAUAUCAAAUGUAAGCGCUUUUCCUGAAGAUAUUUAAAACGAACGAACAGUGUGCACCGCGCAGUCCAUAGAUGUUGUGUUGUGAAAGUGUUGAAUGAUAGCUAUUUACGAACACGCAAGACACCAGAUUCUCUUACCUUAUCUCACCCAUUCAACGACCAAAUGCUACAUCACCCUACACGCAAAGGCACUCGGAAUUCUCGGAAUUUUUUCAGUCACCUUAGAUGGCUAAAAAAUCAAUAGCCUAUUAUAGCAACCAGAUAUAUGAAUGUCACCCAGUGGAAACUAGCCGUAUAAACGGCGCACAAGCAAACCGAAGCUCAAGCAAACGGACCAGUUUUCGAACUCUUUCGACCCAGUUUAAGAGACCACUAGUUUUUUUUCGGUACGUCACCAAACAGAAAAGCACAAAAAUUUCAAUUUAAAAAGAAAACCGAACCACACACAGGACGCGCGGAGGCUAUUGAAGCACCAUUAGAAGGUAGACCGAAGGUUAGGAAAGUAAAACGUCUUUCAACUAUCUAAGGAAUAGUAUGCUUCUCCGGCACUGUUAAGGGAACGUUGCUUGCAUUAUACUGAUAGUUUAUAGAACAAUGAUGAAAUGAUGUCGGAGAGCCAUGUGUUUGUAAGGUUAGUUGGUGUUGCGACCGUGUGGCACACCGUAGAUUGAUAUUGAACAAAAUAAAA